GAGUCCUACGCGGGACUUGAACCCCUGGACCAUGAGAUUUUCUAUUUUGUACAUACGUUAUUUUGUAUAUACUGUAUAUGAUGACUUCGGUGAGCAGUGACCGUUCCCGAGGUUCUCGGGAAAAAACACAGAUUUCAGGAACACAGGCAUCACAAUUACAGAAACAAGUAGUACAGGCAACAGCUGAACAGAUGCGUCUCGCUCAAGUGAUCUUCGAUAAAAAUGAUUCAGAGUUUGAAGCGAAAGUUAAACAGCUUAUGGAAGUGACGGGGAAAAAUCAGGAUGAGUGCAUAGUGGCUCUACAUGACUGUAAUGGAGAUGUGAACAAAGCUAUCAAUAUAUUGCUGGAAGGGAAUUCAGACACGACUUCAUGGGAGACUGUAGGGGGGAAGAAGAAGAAUUUUGGAAAAGAAAGUUCAGAGAACAAAGAGAAUAGAGAGAAGAGAAAUGAGAGAGAAAUAAAUCGUGGACGUGGAAAUAACAACCGGAAAGGAAGAGGUGGCAAUCGUGGGAGAGAGUUUAGAGGCGAAGAGAAUGGAAUUGAUUGCAGUCAAGGGGACAAGCAUUCAGACCGUGGCAAGCGAACCCGUGGCAGAGGAUUUGGACGUGGAAGAGGGAGAGGGGCAGGAAGAUUCACAACACACGGCAUGGGGACAUUUAAUCCUGCGGACUAUUCAGAUUCUCCAUCUAUAGAUGGGUGUGGGACAAAGCCAAUAGUUUGGGAAGCUGCUCAGAAUGGUGCAGAUGAGGGGACUGAACUGGCAUCAAAUGCUCAUAAUGUAGCUCAGGAUCUGCCACACAAAAAUUCCUAUGGACUCAAAGGGGCCUGGAAGAAUUCGGUGGAAGAGUGGACAACAGACGACUGGACUGAAGAUCUUUCUGAAACAAAAGUCUUCACUGCCUCAGUUGUUCCAGCAGAGAAUCAUGUCACACCUGGGCAAAGCAUUGAUCUGGUAGCCUUGCUCCAGAAGCCUGUUCCUCCCAGUCAAGCCUCAGAAGUCAACUCCUUUGAAACUUCCCAACAACAGGGCUUUGGCCAAGCCCUUGUCUUCACAAAUUCUCAGCACAACAAUCAGAUGGCACCAGGGACUGGCAGCUCCACUGCUGUCAACUCCUAUUCUCCUCAGAGUCUGUCAUCCGUCCUUGGUUCAGGAUUUGGAGAGCUUGCACCUUCCAAAAUGGCAAACAUCACCAGCUCCCAGAUUUUGGACCAACUGAAAGCUCCAAGUUUGGGCCAGUUUACCACUACCCCAAGUUCACAACAGAAUAGUACAAGUCCCCCCACAACUACUACUUCUUGGGACCUCAAGUCCUCAACUUCCCAGUCCUCAGUCCUUAGUCAUUUUGACUUCAAAUCUCAACCUGAACCAUCCCCGGUUCUUAGUCAACUGAGCCAGCGACAGCAGCACCACACUCAGCCCGUUGCUGUUCCUCCUCCUGGGUUGGAGUCCUUUCCUUCCCAGGUAAAACUGCGAGAGUCAACACCCAGGGACAGUACCUCCACUGUGAACAAACUUCUGCAGCUUCCCAGCAUGACUGUAGAAAACAUUGCUGUGACUGCCCACCAGCCACAGCCUAAACACGUCAAACUACCGAAGCGGCGGAUACCCCCAGCUUCUAAGAUCCCAGCUUCUGCAGUGGAAAUGCCUGGUUCAGCAGAUGUCACAGGAUUAAACGUUCAGUUUGGCGCCUUGGAAUUUGGAUCAGAACCUUCUCUCUCUGAAUUUGGAUCAGCUGCAAGCAGUGAAAAUAGUAACCAAAUUCCCAUCAGCUUGUAUUCAAAGUCAUUAAGUGAUUCUUUGAAUACCUCUCUACCGAUGACCAGUGCAGUACAGAACUCCACCUAUACAACUUCAGUCAUUACCUCCUCCAGUCUGACCAGCUCAUCGCUGAGCUCCACUAGUCCAGUAACAACGUCUUCCUCCUAUGACCAGAGUUCUGUGCAUAACAGAAUUGCAUACCAAAGCUCUGUGAGUCCAUCGGAGUCAGCUCCAGGAACCGUCACGAAUGGACAUGGUGGUGGUCGAAGUCAGCAGACUAUAGACACUACUUCAUCCGUUCCAGCUCCAAAGACAACGGACCCUCCCUCUGCCCUCCCAUCUGUGGGCUCACUGCCCAGCACCACUUCAUGCACUACGCUUCUACCCUCUGCAUCCCAGCACACUGCCACUUUGCCCUCCAUGUCCCAGCCUGGUGACCUGUCCAGCAGCCCCCUCUCUCAGCUUAGCAGUUCCCUCUCCAGCCAUCAGAGCAGCCUCUCCUCUGCACAUGCGGCACUCUCCUCCAGCACGUCACACACACAUGCCACCGUGGAGAGCACCCCUUCCCUCCAGUCCUCAGCCACCUUCUCAACGGCAGCAACCUCUGCCUCGGGUGCCACGUCCUCAGGGCUCAGCCUGCCGAGCAGCAUGAACACAGUGAACAGCCUCUGCCUGGGUGGGACCACUGUGAGUGCCCCCAGCAGCAGUACCAGGGCCACGCCCUUGGUGACCUCAGGCAAAGCACCCCCUAACCUGCCCCAGGGAGUACCUCCCCUGCUGCACAACCAGUACCUCGUGGGCCCGGGAGGACUGCUUCCUGCCUAUCCCAUCUAUGGCUAUGAUGAGCUCCAGAUGCUACAGUCACGGUUGCCAAUGGAUUACUAUGGAAUUCCCUUCGCUACACCCACAGCUUUGGCCAGCCGAGAUGGGAGCCUAGCUAAUAACCCGUAUUCAGGUGAUGUCACCAAGUUUGGCCGAGGUGACUCUGCAUCCCCCGCGCCCCCCACCACGCUGGCUCAGCCUCAGCAGAGCCAAUCCCAAGCCCACCACACAGCCCAGCAGCCCUUUCUGAAUCCUGCGCUGCCACCCGGCUACAGCUACACUGGCCUCCCCUACUACACAGGCGUGCCUAGUGCCUUCCAGUAUGGGCCCACCAUGUUUGUCCCUCCCGCCUCAGCCAAGCAGCAUGGUGUGAACCUCAGCACCCCCACCACCCCUUUCCAGCAGGCCAGUGGUUAUGGCCAGCACAGCUACAGCACAGGUUAUGAUGACCUGACCCAGGGGACAGCAGCGGGAGACUACACCAAGGGUGGCUAUGGUGGAUCAUCGCAGGCACAAAACAAGUCUGCAGGUUCUGGGCCUGGCAAAGGAGUGUCUGUGUCUUCAAGCACCACCGGCCUGCCUGAUAUGACUGGCUCGGUCUACAGCAAGACUCAGACUUUUGAUAAGCAGGGAUUUCAUGCAGGGACUCCUCCACCGUUCAGCCUGCCCUCGGCCUUGGGCUCCACCGGGCCCCUGGCUGCUGGAGCAGCCCCUGGUUAUGCGCCCCCACCGUUCUUACACAUUCUGCCUGCCCACCAGCAGCCUCACUCACAGCUGCUCCACCACCACCUUCCACAGGAUGCCCAGAGUGGCUCGGGUCAGCGCAGCCAGCCCAGCUCCCUGCAGCCCAAGUCGCAAGCCUCCAAGCCUGCCUACGGCAACUCUCCAUACUGGACAAACUGA